CAAAUUUAACAUUUAGUAAACGCCCCAAAUGUGACUGACCACGCCCAGUUAUAUGAGGCCUUCCCAGUUACUAGUAAGCCCCGCCCACUUGAACAUUAUCUCCCGCCCAAAUCAGGCCAUUGAGGGGCUGUAAAUGGGUCUGGUUUUAAAUAUAAAAGGAAAUGCUGAGUUUAAUGUGUCACAGUUUGCUCUUAUGUAAUGUCCUUUACACUGAGACAGGAACUAUCAUUUUGGAGAGGGGCGGAGCAUUAAGAGAAGAAAUACAGGAGAGACUAUUGGCAAAUAAUGAAUAUAUCAGGUGAACUUCCCCAUUGAGAAGACAAUACUGGUUUCUUGGCAGGGUGGCCACCUGGCUUGUAUGUUACUGGCCCAUCAGGCAAACGUGUAUGAACACAAAAUGCUAAUACAGGUAUGGGACCUGUAUCCAGAAUGCUCAGAACCUGGGGUUUUCCCGAUAAUGGAUCUUUCUGUAAUUUGGAUCUUCUUCCGUUAAGUCUACUAGAAAAUCAUGUAACCCUUAAAUGGCCUCCAAUAAGGAUUCAUUACAUCUUCGUUGGGGUCAAGUACAAGCUACUGUUUACACAAGGUUAUUUUAGACAAAAUUAGCUGCAGCUCUGGUGCUCUCCCAGCCCCCUAGGCAAUGAGCAGCGGGAGCCCACUUGGUUCCUGGGACGCAAUUGUCGCAGGACCCGCCUACAAUUAUGCAGACACGAGUCUGCUGCAUCUCCUCUCUGCCUCCUCCAGUCAGCCUGCGACUUCCUGCUCUGUGGACUCAGCUUUGGGACCCCCCAUGGCUGCCAAGGACCCUUCUGGACUUCAUAACGUUGAUCCUGUUUUGAAACAAUGGCCACAGGUGUGAUCAGAAACGUUCCAGAGUUCAAGUUCCCACCACCUUUUUACAUCACCUUUCUACAUCCGUCACUACAAGAUGACCUGGAUUUUCAGGAAUCUUCUGAGGACGAGGAAGAAGAUUUCCUGGAGGACGAGGAGAUGGAGGAUGAGGUGGAAGAGUUGAACCCAGCGACCCCUGUGCCAAGUGACAAUAUGAAUAGCCAACAAACCAGUGACCUUCACACUGAAAUGACAUUUCAACUUCUCAAGUUUUCUGAGCUAAUUAGCUCAGAUAUUCAAAGAUACUUUGGACCAAAGACGAAGGAAGAAGAUCCAGAUUCAUGCAACAUUUAUGAGGACUACUGUGCCCCCCGUCUAUCUGGGCAGGAGGUGUACUAUCAAGACCUUGUGAAGAUGGCACAGGCCACGCAUUAUGACAGGGAGGACUUAUUUAACCCCCUGACCCCUCCAGGAGACAUAGACCAGAAGAGAUUACAGUCAAUUUGCACCAAAGAAGAUCCUACAAAACUGGGACCCUUAAUGGAGUUGUUUGACUUUGGCCUUCGCAAAUACACAAGGCGGAAGGCAGCAGGGAGCAAAGAAGGCAGGCAGCAAAGACUUCAUAAUAAAUAUGCUCAUCUACUUCCCAUGGCCAAUAGAAUGCUGCCCAUGUCCUUCUGGAAGGAGCCUACACCGGCCCCAGCCUGUAUACUCAACACCAACACUCCGGACUUUAGUGACCUGCUGGAGAACUGGACCUCCGAUGCUCACAGUGAAUUGCACGGUGCCACCAGGGAUCUAAUCAGUGAAUUCAGCAGAUGAACUAGAAUCUCGGUUCAAUCCGCUGUCGCUAAACAGAGUUCAUCUGGAAAUUACCUUGUAAUCAUUGAAUUUGGACGUAGUCUUUUGCUAUCUGGUCACUAGGGUCCAACCUUCUCCUACCCUAGCAACCAGGCUGUGGUGUGGAUAUGAAUAGAGAAAGGGCCUGGGCAGAAGAAAAAAUGAUGGAAAAAGCAUCACGAUCAUCUAGCCUCAGAUUUAAUCUGCUUUCCAUGUUUGAACACUAUUUCAUUGGUUUCAAUUACCAACCCCUAUUGAUAUGACAUAAACUGAAUAUGCCCAACAGCUCGCGCCUCUCACACCACAUUUUAAGUGUGUCAGGUGGUAUUAGUGAAGGCAACACCUACAUAUGAGGAGCAUGUUAUAGUGUUGAGAAUGGGCAACCUGGUUGGUCUAUGAUUUCAAACUCAAGUUCAAAGGGAUAGAACUUUGCCAAGUGGUUGUGGCUCUAUUGGAUCCCCUCCUUAAAGGAGAAGCAAACCCAAAAGUUAAAAAACCCCUACCCCCUACCCUACAUAGACCCCCCUCCCUCUAGCAAAUACCCCAAAGUCUUUACCCCUCUGUGCAGAUUCUGUCCAGCGAUGUUCACGAUGCCAUCUUCUUCUCUUUGCUAAUCUUUGGAAUGAGACCAGCGGCGCAUGUGCAGUUGGAACAAUUUUCUGUUUUACGCAUGCGCCGAAGCUCACGGAAAUUGCUGAAGCGCCGGUCUCAUUCCUAAGAUUACCGAAAGGGCUGAAGAUGGCGCCCAUGAACUCUGAUGCCUGAAUCUGCAGCAAAGAGUUAGGGGCAUUUCCUGGGGUAACACUAAAGCUGGGGGAGGAGGGAGGGUGGUCUUUGUAGGGAAGUCUUUUUAACUUUUGGGUUUGCUUCUCCUUUAAAAUAAUUUCAGGGCUCACAGGUUAGAGACCCUCCUCUCUCUGUCUUUCCCUCUUAUUAAUCCAGUGAAGGUAAAGUGUUAUUUUUCUGGUGGUGACUGGGUUGCCAAUGCCCUUGCUAAGACAAUAUCCAUGGUCUUAUCCAACUUGCACUUGAGUAGGUUUAUAGUAUAAACUUUGUCAAAGCUUGACCUGGGGCAAGAAACCCAGAGCAACCAACCAGCACUCGCCUUUCACAAGCCCAGUGCAGCUACAAAAUAGAACUGUAUUAAAGGGGAUGUUUACCUUUGA